AUGGCAAUUCCAGUGAUUGACUUCUCGAAGCUCAACGGCGAGGAGAGAGCCAAGACGAUGGCUCGGAUCGCUAAUGGAUGCGAAGAGUGGGGAUUUUUCCAGCUGGUAAACCAUGGAAUUCCUGAGGAGCUUUUGGAGAGGGUGAAGAAGGUGUGCUCCGAGUUUUAUAAGCUGGAAAGGGAGGAAGGUUUCAAGGACUCGAGGCCAAUCAGGUUGCUGAACGAGUUGGUGGAAAAGAAGAGCGGCGAGAAGUUGGAGAAUGUGGACUGGGAGGAUGUCAUCACUCUCGUAGACGAUAACGAGUGGCCCUCUAAAACCCCGGGAUUCAAGGAAACCAUGGCGGAGUACCGCAAAGAACUGAAGAAACUGGCGGAGAAGGUGAUGGAAGUAAUGGACGAAAACCUGGGCUUACCAAAGGGGUACAUCAAGAAGGCAUUCAACGAUGGAGAAGGAGACAACGCCUUCUUCGGCACCAAGGUGAGCCACUAUCCACCAUGCCCUCAUUCUGAGCUCCUGAAUGGUCUGCGAGCCCACACCGACGCUGGCGGCGUCAUCCUGCUCUUCCAGGAUGACAAGGUGAAAGGCCUCCAAAUCCUCAAAGAUGGGGAAUGGAUUGACGUCCAACCACUGCCAAACUCCAUAGUCAUCAACACUGGAGAUCAGAUUGAGGUUCUAAGCAAUGGCAAAUACAAGAGUGUGUUGCACAGGGUUAUGACCAGCCCAGAUGGGAACAGAAGAUCAAUUGCCUCGUUCUACAAUCCCCCUCUCAAAGCCACCAUAGCACCUGCACCCCAACUUGUGGAAAAAGCUAACCAAGAUGAUCUAGAGAUUGUUCAAGCUUACCCCAAGUUUGUGUUUGGUGACUACAUGUCUGUGUAUGCUGAGCAGAAGUUCCUCCCAAAGGAACCAAGGUUCCACGCUGUGGGGGCUAUGUAA